CAAAAUAUCGAGUGGGGGGGAAAAACUAACUAACUAACUAACCCCUGACUAAUUGCCAUCAUUAGACUAAUCAUAAUUAUUAUUGACAACUAUUUUGUUUACGUGUGAAGCUAUCUAGUUAAGCAAAACACAGCGCGAGAGAGCGAGUUGGGUUCACAAUGGCCAGCCACUCGAAGGCCCUGACCUUCUCCAUUGAACGCAUCAUGGCCGAGGCUCCCAGGAGAUCGGACAUUCUGGCCAGAACUCGCGGCGUCGGCGGCCUCGCCACCGCGAGCUUCGCGGAGCGCUCUCCCGCCUACGCCAUUCCACUGCUGCCGUGCGCCACGGCGAGUGGAGGCGAUGGGCAGCAACAGCAGCAGCAUGCGCGCUGCGGGUGGCUGCCCUUCAAGAACUCCGGCCACGCCAUCGUGUUCCAGCAACAACAACAACAUCAGCAGCAGCAGAACCAGCAAGAGGGUGUGGAUGGACCGGAGCCACCUGCGAGUCUCUGCGAGUCCAAGGCCGCUCUCGGCUGGACCGGGUCUGCAGCCGGAGCCGGUCGCGGUUUUCCCCAAGUGGGGGUGCAGGCAGGACCCCAGGCGCUCAGGGUGGUGAGGCCGCGCGCACUGAGCGCGCAGCCACUCACCAGGGCCCCCGCGCCCCCCAUCAGCUGGUGCCUGCUGGGAGGGGGGGCGCUCAGCGGCGGGGUGGCACCGAACAAAGCGCUGGUGGGUGGAGCGUCAGGGGAAGCUACGGCCCCUUCCCAAAGGAGCCCUGCCCCCUCGUACGCACAGCCCUCGUGCCCAAAGCGCUCGGCGGAGAAGCGUCGAUCGGAGCAAGGAGUUCACGCGGGGGUCACGGCGAGGUCGCAGGCCUCCAGGACCGCCGGCCACGCAGCGGCACUCAAACCCAAGCACUUCACGUGCGAGGUGUGCGGCAAGGUGUUCAACGCACACUACAACCUGACGAGACACAUGCCCGUGCACACCGGCGCGCGCCCCUUCGUGUGCAAGGUGUGCGGGAAGGGGUUUCGCCAGGCGAGCACACUGUGCCGACACAAGAUCAUCCACACGCAGGAGCGACCCCACAAAUGCUCGCAGUGCGGGAAGGCGUUUAACCGCAGCUCCACGCUCAACACCCACGUGCGAAUCCACGCCGGCUUCAAGCCCUUCGUGUGCGAGUUCUGUGGCAAGGGGUUCCACCAGAAAGGCAACUACAAGAACCACAAGCUGACGCACAGCGGGGACAAGCAGUACAAGUGCGGCGUGUGCAGCAAGGCGUUCCACCAGGUGUACAACCUGGCCUUCCACAUGCACACGCACACGGAGCGCAAGCCGUACACGUGCGUGGCGUGCGGCCGCGGCUUCUGCCGCAACUUCGACCUCAAGAAGCACGUGCGCAAGCUGCACGAGGCGGCGGCGACGGCGGCGGGCGGCGCGGACGGAGCCGUGGCUGCUGCUGCUGGAAUCUGCUGCACCCUGGCUCGCCACCAACACGUGGACUCCGCCUGUUCCAUCUGCAUGGGAUAG